AUGGAUAUCUUCUUCUCGCCGGCUCUUGCUAUGACUUCCGUUCAAGCCCGAUCUAGUUCUAUCAACAACAUCGAGCAGUCUUCCAUCGCCGUUAUACACACAGUCUCUGUCAUAGAGGCACACAAGCUUCUACUCGAAGUAUACAGAGUUGCCUGGCACUUCAUUCAGCAGUCUCAGUACUCAAGUCAAAUGUCACACCGAGAACCAUACUCAACUUCUGGAGAGAUGAAGGAUGGUGGAAACGACCCAGAACCGCCAGCUGCACCACCAAUCAUCAUCCUCGCCCAAUCCGGUAAAGCACCUGCGCCCCACUUCCAGGUACCAGACCCUGCCGAUCCGCCAUUCCAGCCGCACCCACCUACGUCAUCCCUGCCGUACACCUGA